AUCUGUAAACACAGAGGGCAGGAGAGGCAAUGACACGGUUAAAGUGCGUGUAUCUCUGCGAUUGUGGUUUUCAGUCAACACCUAAAGCUCCGGCUUCUUGCUAUGCAUCUUGACUCGCUUAUUGUACAAAAAGACAGGAAACCAGGCACAGGGGUAUCUAACCACAGGGGAUGUGCAGAGCUGAACUCAUGCUCUCUGUUCCUCUCUGUUGCUGACAGUCGCAGCACGAGAGCAAAGGGCAAAAAUAACAGGGAAAUCAAUCUCAUCUCAAAUAUACCACCAACACACAGCAACAGCUCAAACUAGAGCAGCUUGUUUCACUGACAAUUGGACGGUACAGAUUGUAGAUUUGCUCUGUUGGGAUCACAGACACAAUCAGCAGGUUUCACAAGAAAAGACUUGAGGAGGAUUUGUCAGCCCUGUGACUGGGAGCCGCCCACACAAUCAGGCUGAAACCGAAACCAGUUUCAAUCAGUAAGUGCUCAGUAUCAAAAUGGCUUCCAGACCCCAGGCUGAGAGCUGGACCGAGGAGCUAAACUGUGCCAUUUGUCUGGAUUUCUUCACUGAUCCUGUUAGUCUGGACUGUGGCCACAACUUCUGUCGCCUCUGUAUCACCGGGAGCUGGGAAAACCAGGAGAAAAACUCCUGUGCGAUAUGUCGCCAAGUUACUGCAGAGAGGAAUUUCAAGGUCAAUUGGGCCCUGGCCAAAAUGGUGGAGAAAGCUCGUGAAUUCACUCUCGAACCGACACCGACGGCAGUUAACCGUCAGUGUGAAAAACACCGGGAGGACCUGAAGCUGUUCUGUGAAGAUGACAAGAAAUUGAUCUGUUCCAUUUGCAGAGAUGCGAAAGAGCACAGAGGUCACAUCUUCCUGCCCAUUGACGAAGCUGCUGAAAUCUACAAGGUACCGAGACCCUCAGGCGGGAUUCAUUCCGUUUCCACGUCAUAUUUUCACCUCAAACACUUUUAUUCUGUGCAUUUAUUCCAGGAUCAAGUGAAGUCCUCCAUAGCUUUUCUCACACAGAGGAAGGAAACUACUCUACAAAUUGCAGCCAAACAGAGAGCAAAGAUUUCACAAGUUAAGGAACAGGUGAACAGUCUGCAGACCCACGUCACGGCACAGUUUGCUAAAAUGCACCAGAGUCUGACUGACAGAGAGCAGCGGGUAAUGAGAGAUCUCAAAGAGCGAGAGGAGGAAAUUUUAUACCGAAUGGAGACAAAUCUUCGUGAGAUUCAGGACAAAUUAGAGUCCGUUGAACAAAAACUAUCCGAGUUACAAACACAGAUGGGAAAAGACGCUGUCACUCUCGUGCAGGAGGAAGCUGCUGGCAACAGAAGGGUCAGUGACGUGGGGUUUGUUCUGUCAGUGUGUGAGGCUGAGCUGCCAGUGGCCAAGUACAAGUGGCCUUUGAAGAACACAGUCUGGAGAGAGAUUAUAGACAGCGUCAGCCCAGCUCCGGCCUCUCUGACUCUGGAUCCUGACACAGCCCAUCCCCGGCUCAUCCUGUCUGAGGACCUAACCAGCGUGAGUCACGGAGAUACACGGCAGCAGCUCACUGACUCCCCGAAGAGGUUUGAUUAUUGCGUCAGUGUCCUGGGGUCUGAGGGCUUCACAUCAGGGAGACAUUACUGGGAGGUACAGGUGGCCAACAAGACAAAGUGGGAUGUGGGAUUUGCCCGAGAGUCUGUCAACAGGAAAGGAAAGAUCAUAUGUUCACCAGAGAACGGAUUCUGGGUUUUGUGGUUGAGAAACGGGAAUGAAUAUGAAGCUCUGACAUCACCUUCCACCCUUUUAACCCUGAGAGAGAGACCCGGGAAGCUGGGAGUGUUCCUGGAUUAUGAGGGCGGACAGGUGACAUUUUACAACGCUGAUAACAUGUCUCAUCUCCACACUUUCAACGACACUUUCACUGAGAAACUUUAUCCUUACUUCGGUCCCUGUAAUAACGACGGCGGCAAAAACUGUGAUCCUCUGAGGAUCUGCCGGGUGACCGAUUAGUGAGGAGGAAACCCUCAGCCAUGACCUGUGUUUGGCUGUGAUGGCCACGAAACUAAACCUUUAUAGUCUGUGUCGCUAUACAGUUAACCUUGUGGAUUAUAUUACACUUUUCACACUUAAAGUUUGCGUUAAUAUCAAUGAUAUCAAUACGGUUUUACAUUAACUUUGGGUUUUGAUUUAAACCACAAACACGAAACCCGAGAACACACACGGCAAACGUUCUAAAAGUUCCCUGGAUCCCCGGGGUUUAACGUGCAAGAUAUUCCUAAUUCUGCUUUAAUCCCAAAUAUAUAAACCGCUUUUUGGAUUAACUGUC